UGCAUUUCAUGGGAUGUGCUGCGGUUUGAAACGUAGGACCUGGAUUCGAGGUGCAGUGACGUCUCCAGUCCAGAAGAUGGCGAACUCGACAACGUCACAUUCUAACUUCCUUUACCCGGCGACGUUCUGACCGGCUUGUCCCUUCCCAGCUGCCGUACGCAGCCCAGGCUUGCUCACAAUUCAACCGGAGAGAGCGGAGUAGCUGAGAGUCGGCGGACCCGUGUCAGAGCCAUGUGUUCCCUAUCGCUGUUUCCUCCCCCGCUGCCCGCUGGACACGUCACUCUGUACGAAUCCAACAACGAGCUGGUGUCCGCAACAAGCCUGGACAACUACCAGAGACAGGACUGGGACCCCCCUUCUCUGCUGAUCCCGAAGGAGACCCUCAAGCCUCACAGCCGCCUGGAGAGCAGCAGUAAGGCAGCCUUCAUCCACCACCAGGAGACCCUGUGGAUGAGGAGCGCCAAUGCCUGGCAUGACGCUGGUCUCUCUGGCUUACUGGAUGAGAUCGCCAACUCUGCAGAUGAAGUUCCCAGGUGUAUGAAGGUGGGAGCGUGCUGCUCCCUCGCCAUCCUUCGCUGGGUAUCCUCAUUGCACGGCUCUCUGUUUCCGCACCUCACUCUCAGCAGUGAGGACAUGGUGGCUGAAUUCUCCCAAGCUGCAGACUGGGCUGGCUGCUCGGUGCGUGCUCUGGCCUGGCACCCCCACACGGACAAGUUCGCUGUGGCUUUGCUGGACGACUCCGUCCGAGUGCACAACGCCAAGAGCUCCACAGCCCCCACUCUGAAGCACCGUCUCCAGAGGAACGUGUCAGCGCUGGCCUGGAAGCCGCUGUGUGCCUCUGCGCUGGCGGUGGCGUGUCAGAACUGCGUGCUGGUGUGGCACGUCGACCCCUCCUCCCUCUCCACGCGGCCCUCCUCCGGCUGUGCCCAGGUCCUCUCUCAGCCAGGCCACUCCCCGGUCACCUCACUCGCCUGGUCACCCAGUGGAGCGAUCCUGCUCUCCGCGUCGCCCGUGGACACUGCCAUGAUGGUGUGGGACGUGGCUGGGGAGAGCUGUGUUCCCCUGCAGCGUGUGGGAGGCGGGGGUGUCACGUUCCUCUCCUGGGCCCCCGAUGGAAGCAGGGUGCUGGCAGCCACUCCAUCAGCCCUCUUCAGGGUCUGGGAGACCAGCAUGUGGACGUGCGAGAGGUGGCCCACACUGACGGGACGCUGCCAGACUGGUUGCUGGAGCCCCGAUGGGAGUCGGCUGCUGUUCUCUGUACAGGGGGAGUCUGUGAUCUAUGCCCUGUCCUUCGCCAACACGCCCGGAGAGCUGCUCGGACAGGCUGGGGAUUCGAAGUCCUCUGUGAUCGUGGCUGACCUGUCGGAGACCACCUUUGAGACCAGCAGUGGAGAGACCAGUGUCGGAGGUGAGAUACAGACCCUAGUUUGGGACCCCAGAGGCGAGAGGCUAGCUGUGCUGCUUAAAGGAAACCCUGAGAAGUCAGACAGCAGGUCGAUCAUCGCGGUUUUUAAAACUCGCACCAGCCCCAUCUUCGAGCUGCUCCCCUGCGGUUUCGUCCAGGGGGAGGAGGGUGCUGACCCCCAUCUCAUUCACUUCCACCCGCACUUCGAGAAGGGAGCCCUGCUCACCGUGUGCUGGUGUAACGGGCGCAUCUCUCACAUCCCCUUCUACUUCGUGAGUGCCGGGGUGCCUCGGCCCAGUCUGGGGUACAGCCCCCCCGUACCCUACCCCUCCCGGGGGUCCGAGGUCAGCGAGAGACUGCUGUUCUCCGAGCUGGGCUCCUGAACAGACAGACAGAGGGGCGGACAGACAGACAGACUUCGUGGAUUAAAGAUACCGUCUCUUUCUUGAGAUGAGUGUUUGUACUUUUUUUUUUUUCUUUUUGUAAUAUAAAUAAAAUACCAAUAGUAAAAAAAUAUAUAUAA